CAUCACCGCAUAACAUCAACUCCUUCUACAUCUACACUUGCCCGCUGCUUUAUCAGCCUCGCUCACCGCGGCGAAGAUGCAGUCGGUCAACCGCUUCCUCUUUGGCCCGACCAAGGAGGAGCGAGUCAAGCAAGUCCAGUCACAAUUGCGCUCAGAGCAACGCCAUCUGGACCGCGAAAUCCGCAACAUAGACACAGCCGUUUCAAAGGCCAAGCAAGAAGUCAAGCGCUUAGCUACAAAGAGCGACGUCAAAUCAGCAAAGAUCCUCGCCCGCCAAGUGGUCCGAUCCCAAGCGCAACGCAAUCGUUUGGUCACAUCCAAGGCCAGGCUCAACAGCAUCGGACUGCAGCUCAAUCAUCAGCUAGCAAUGUACAAGGUCACUGGAUCAAUGGCCAAGUCUGCCGAAAUCAUGAAGUUGAGCAAACAGCUCGUCAAGCUACCUCAGCUCAACGCGACGAUGCGGCAGAUGAGCGAGGAGAUGGUCAAAGCUGGAAUCAUGGAGGAGAUGAUGGAGGAUACCAUGGAUAGUGGCGUGCUUGGAGAAGACGAAGAUGAGAUGGAGGAAGAGGCUCAAGGAGCUGUGGAUAAGGUAUUGUUUGAGUUGACCGAUGGCAAGUUGGGACAGAUGGCUUCGACUGGGCCGCUACCGGAUCUGGAGGCUCCACAGCCAGUUCAGGCUUCAAAUUCGAGGCAGGAAGAGGAGGAAGACAUGCAGAGGAUGCAGGCUGCUUUGGAUGGCUUGUUGAAGGGAUAAGAGGCGGCAUAUGGCAAGGUCAUGCAGGGGCAGGUAAGGUGGAGAGGCUGACAAAUUACUUGUAACAAUAGACGAUCGCGACGAUCAGUACAUACGACGCUAACUUCAUGCUACGCCGACGUGGUGAGAUGAUAUGAUGUUGUUACACGGGCAGAGGGAAUACACGACUAAAAGAAAGGCCGCCCGCAGAUCCUCCCCCCACCGUCGUCGCGGUAUGUCUCCCCACAAGUCCAGUCUUGGUCAUUCUUGAUGCCCACCGCCCACGUUCACGGUGUUUCUUUGAGACAGCCGUGCUUUCUGCUCUUAGGCUCGCCAGAGCAAGAAGGCAGUCUGGCCGAGG